AUGGGGGACAAGAUGGCGGAAGAGGAGAGGUACCUCAACACAACCCAUGAGGGUCCCAAUAUAACCCUACAUACCACCCUGGCCAUCACUACCAAAUUGGUGCUUCCAACUCCUGCCAAACCUAUCCUUCCAGUCCAAACUGGAGAGCAAGCUCAGCAAGAAGAGCAAUCCAGUGGCAUGACUAUAUUCUUUAGUCUACUUGUUUUAGCUAUUUGCAUCAUAUUGGUGCAUUUAUUGAUCAGAUACAGACUACAUUUCCUACCAGAGAGUGUUGCAGUUGUCUCCCUAGGUAUCCUCAUGGGAGCAGUUAUAAAAAUCAUAGAAUCUCAGAAAUUGGCAAAUUGGAAGGAAGAAGAAAUGUUUCGUCCAAAUAUGUUCUUUCUUCUCUUGCUUCCUCCUAUCAUAUUUGAAUCAGGAUAUUCAUUACACAAGGGUAACUUCUUUCAGAAUAUUGGUUCCAUCACUCUAUUUGCUGUAUUUGGCACAGCAAUUUCAGCUUUUAUUGUAGGUGGAGGAAUAUAUUUUUUAGGUCAGGCUGAUGUAAUUUCUAAACUCAACAUGACAGACAGUUUUGCAUUUGGCUCCUUGAUAUCUGCUGUUGACCCAGUAGCUACUAUUGCUAUUUUCAACGCACUUAAUGUGGAUCCAGUUCUUAAUAUGUUAGUUUUUGGGGAAAGCAUUCUGAAUGAUGCGGUCUCUAUUGUUCUGACCAACACAGCUGAAGGCUUGACAAGAAAAAACAUGUCUGAUGUCAGUGGGUGGCAGACUUUUCUACAAGCCCUUGGCUACUUCCUUAAGAUGUUCUUUGGCUCGGCUGCACUCGGCACUCUAACAGGGCUAAUUUCUGCAUUAGUAUUAAAGCAUAUUGAUUUAAGGAAAACGCCUUCCUUGGAGUUUGGAAUGAUGAUUAUCUUUGCAUAUCUUCCUUAUGGGCUUGCAGAAGGAAUCUCUCUUUCAGGUAUCAUGGCCAUCCUGUUCUCAGGUAUUGUGAUGUCUCAUUAUACACACCAUAACCUUUCCCCAGUUACACAGAUCCUAAUGCAGCAAACCCUACGAACUGUUGCCUUCAUGUGUGAAACAUGUGUGUUUGCAUUUCUUGGCCUGUCCAUUUUCAGUUUUCCUCACAAAUUUGAAAUUUCCUUUGUCAUCUGGUGCAUAGUACUUGUGCUGUUUGGCCGAGCUGUGAACAUUUUCCCACUGUCCUACCUCCUAAAUUUCUUCCGGGAUCAUAAAAUCACUCCCAAAAUGAUGUUUAUCAUGUGGUUUAGUGGUUUACGUGGAGCAAUUCCAUACGCCCUGAGUCUUCAUUUGGACCUGGAACCCAUGGAGAAACGGCAGCUCAUUGGGACAACUACCAUAAUCAUUGUUCUCUUCACCAUCCUGUUGCUAGGAGGAGGAACGAUGCCUCUCAUUAGACUGAUUGACAUUGAAGAUUCAAAAGCCCGAAAAAGAAAUAAGAAGGAUAUCAACCUCAGCAAAACAGAAAAAAUGGGUAACACCAUUGAGUCUGAACAUCUUUCAGAGCUCACAGAAGAAGAGUAUGAAGCCCACUACAUCAAGCGCCAGGAUCUCAAGGGUUUUAUGUGGUUUGAUGCAAAGUAUCUGAAUCCUUUUCUCACCCGGAGGCUGACCCAGGAGGACUUGCAUCAUGGCCGAAUUCAGAUGAAAACUCUUACCAACAAAUGGUAUGAAGAAGUACGCCAGGGACCAUCGGGCUCUGAGGAUGAUGAACAGGAGCUGCUGUAAUGCAGAAGGCUCUAGGACAAUAACCAGUGAGAUUACCACCAUUGAGAUUUUUAGUCAUGUACAAGGUCUGAUGCUAAAAGCUAUAAGAAACCUUGAAGUUUAUGCCUCCCCGGAGGCAGCCCUGUAUGUAAGUAUGCUGCACAUACAGAUACUGUUAGUAUGACCUCCUCCAGAUGAGCUAGUUUUGUUUAAAGUUGCUGUGGUGUUUAAGAACAGCUAAGUGGCUUCAAAACAAUGAAUGAUGAAUUUUUAAUCUUGAAUUUCCCAGACCUCCAAACUGAGAUGGUUGCUUUGAAAUAUGUGUUCUUUCCUUGUUGUUUUC